CAGUGCGCAUGCUCAGUCUUAGCUGAAAAACCACAUGCGUCUUCCUUCUCCAGCCUCUGCUCCAGCACCAGAGCAGCGAGAGAGAGAGAGAGAGAGAGAGAGAGAGAUGCGCUCAUUGACGACACGGCAGCAACGAAAUGCGCACAGCUCCGCUCCCGGUCCGGGGAUAGCAGAGCUCUGACCCCUGCUCUCUUACCGCGAUGGGUUAGAGGGGACAUGGCAAACUUUGACACACUUUGCUUGACACAGGGGAAUCAUGCCCGGAGAUCCGUGCUGCGGAGCGGCUCAGCUCAGAGCACAAUAACAGAGAAGUGAGAGAGAAGGAGAGAGAGACACAGAGAGAGAGAGAGAGCCGAUUCUAUUUUCUGACUGCUUCUAUUCCGUUUUUGACUUUGAGAGAUGAUCACGGAGCUGGUGUGCACCGCCGUGGCUGUGGGUCUCUAUCUGAACACGCUGGACGCAGAUUUCUGCUACGAUGACAGUCGAGCCAUCAAGACGAACCAGGACCUUCUGCCAGAGACGCCGUGGACCAACAUCCUGUAUGACGAUUUCUGGGGGACGCUGCUCACCCACAGCGGCAGCCACAAGUCAUUCCGCCCGCUCUGCACCCUCUCCUUCCGCCUCAACUACACCCUGCACGGCCUGCGACCCUGGGGCUACCACCUGCUGAACGUCGUGCUGCACGGCCUGGUCACGGCCCUGGUCACGGCGCUCAGCCACUCGCUGCUCGGCAGGGGCUUGUGGAGCCUCCUCGCCGGCCUCCUGUUUGCCUCUCACCCGGCGCACACCGAAGCGGUCGCCGGCGUGGUCGGCAGGGCGGACGUCGGCGCCGCUUUGUUUUUCCUGCUGUCUCUCCUCUGCUACGCGAGACACUGCGGAUUACGGGGUGACAAAUGGAGGGCUUUUCAGAGGAGGACAUGUGGCGGCGGCUCCGCCGCCAGAUGCUGGGGCUGGAUGCUGGGCAGCCUGUGGUGUGCAGCUGCCAGCAUGUUGUGGAAGGAGCAGGGUGUGACUGUGCUGGCUGUGUCGGCCGUGUACGACCUCUUUGUGUUCCAGAAGCUGCGCGUUCGCCAGGCACUGCUGCUCCUGUUAGGGAAGAAAAAGAACCUAAGCGUUUUGCUGAGUCUCUGCACGUUGGCCUGCUGGGGAGUAAUUCUGCUGUCAGUCCGCCUCUACUGGAUGGGAAACAAGCCUCCAAACUUCUCCAACUCAGACAACCCAGCAGCCGACUCUCCACAUUUCCUCACUCGAACGCUAACAUUCCUCCACUUGCCUGCUGCCAAUGCCUGGCUCCUGCUCUGCCCCGACAAGCUCAGCUUUGACUGGUCCAUGGACGCCGUGCCCUUGGUCAGGUCCUUGGCCGACUGGAGGAACCUUCACACUGCUGCCUUUUACUGCGGGUUGAUCCUCCUGGCUUUGUUCGGCUUCCGCGGUGCCACUGUCGCAGCGAAGGAGACCAACGGGAAAUCCCAUCUUGCAAAUGGAAAGUCGGUCACGAAUGGGAAUGGUUACCAUGCCCCUGACACAAACCAAAACACGGAUCUGCCAAAACCCACUCUCAAUGGGUCCGCUGUACCUCACCGCUGUUACUCCCACACAUCCCUGCCCCCCACAGAAAGCUUAGUUGCGUUUUCACUAGGAGUACUGGCAUUGCCUUUCAUCCCAGCCACCAACUUAUUCUUUUAUGUGGGUUUCGUGAUUGCAGAGAGGGUACUUUACAUCCCCAGCAUAGGCUAUUGCAUACUAGUUGCGACAGGUGCACGAACGUUGUAUGUUAGACUGAGGACUAGAGCCUGCAAGGCUGCGAUGUUGUGCCUUUGCAUCGGACUUGUGCUACUGAACGGGCUCAGAACAGUUCAAAGGAACAGAGACUGGAGCAACGAAGAAAAUCUUUACAAGUCUGGGAUCCAUGUGAACCCUGCAAAAGCCUGGGGAAACCUGGGAAACGUACUGAAGAACCAGGGCAAGAUGGAGGAGGCGGAGAAGGCAUACCGAAAUGCUCUCCACUACCGAGGGAACAUGGCUGACAUGCUGUAUAACCUGGGUUUGCUGCUGCAGGAGAGCGAACGUUUCUCCGAGGCGCUGCAGUAUUACAAGCUCGCCAUUGGGAGUCGACCAACUUUGGCAUCGGCUUACUUGAACACAGGAAUAAUCCUCAUGAACCAGGGCAACCUGGAAGAGGCCAAGCGCACCUUCCUCACUUGCGCCGACAUUCCAGAUGAAAACUUGAAGGACCCUCACGCCCACAAGAGCUCAGUCACCAGCUGCCUGUACAACCUGGGGAAGCUGCUUCACGAGCACGGCCAGCAGGAGGAGGCUCUGUAUGUUUAUAAAGAAGCAGUGCAGAAAAUGCCAAAACAGUUUGCACCACACAGCCUUUUCAACAUGAUGGGAGAGGCCUAUAUGCGGCUGAACAGGCUGGAAGAGGCCGGGUACUGGUACAGAGAGUCCCUCAAAGCAAAGCCUGACCACAUCCCUGCCCACCUCACCUACGGCAAACUGUUGUCAAUCAUUGGGGAGAAAACCGAAGCGGAGAAAUACUACAUGAGAGCAAUUCAGCUCGACCCAACUAAAGGAAACUGCUACAUGCACUACGGUCAGUUCCUGUUGGAGCAGUCUCGUCCUAAAGAAGCAGCGGAGAUGGCCGAGAGAGCUGCCGAGCUGGACAUGGAUGAAUUCGAUGUGGUCUUCAACGCUGCUCACAUGCUCAGACAGGCCAAUCUAAAUGAAGCAGCAGAGCGGCAGUAUAAACGUGCAGCUAGCCUCAGACCAGAUUACCCAGCUGCUCUGAUGAACCUUGGCGCCAUCCUUCACCUGAACGGGAAGCUUCCCGAGGCGGAGGCCAACUACCUACGAGCCCUUCAACUCAAACCCGACGACGCCAUUACUCAGUCCAACCUGCGCAAGCUGUGGAACAUCAUGGAGCGACAGGGGCUCAAGACGAAGCAGAGAGAGGAGCCCUAAACCGAGACGACCUGCUGUCUCGUCUCUUGGCGGCGCUCGAAGCGUGGAGCGGAACGGAAACAAAAUACUCAGUCGAGUUCUGGGACGGUCGAAGUAGGUGUGUUUGAGGUUUGACGGCAAACUUCUGCAUCACGCCACAGUGUUCGUUUGGUGGCUCAGACUACUAAAACUAAAUCUGAUGGUUCUUUUACCAUAAAUGUGACACAGCUCUUGUUAAAAGGAGGAGACAAAAACGGAGAGAUGCACCGAGAAAUUGGCUAGGGACGAGCUCCGACCAGUGGUGUC